AUGCUUUAUAAAUGCCCUGCUGCAGGCUGCACUCGCUCAUUCAGCACAACACAAGGACUCAAUUCACAUCUCCGAAAUGCAUCAAGCUGUAAGUGGUAUAAGCUUGGGAAGAGAAGAGAGCUGGAUAGAGAGAACAAUGAAGAUAUGGAUGAGUUCAGGAUUGAGGGUCUACCUGAUGGGCUAGCGGAUGAGGCUCACAUUAUUAUUCAAGGGAUGGACCACAAUGCCCAAGACAUGAUGGAUGUUGACAUUCCCAUACAUGAUGACCACCCUGUGCCAGGUCCAUCAAGACAUCCACACUCUUUACGGGAGGAGGGUGACACACGUGUAACAGAGUCCCAUCCCACUGCAGGCAGAGUCAUAUGCAUUGACCAGUCAGUGCAUGCAAAAUGGCGAUUACAGUUUGGAUUGUGUAAUGAAGCUGAGAGUUCGGUGCCAGAAGAUCAAGAUGAUGAUAGUUUGUUUUAUCCCUUUGCCUCGAGACUAGACUGGCAGGUAGGAUGUUGGGCGGUGCAGGAGGGUAUUGGACAUAAGGCUUUUGAUAGAUUAUUGGCCAUACUAGGGGUUAAGGAUCAUCUUGGACUAGCAUAUCACAACACUCGUGGACUUCACCAGACUAUAGACAGCGUCCCCCCUCGUGCUAAAUGGCAAUCUACAUUUUUGGCCUUUGCUGAUAAGCCUGAUCAUAAACAUGAACUGCACUACCGAAAUCCAGUAGACGCAAUCAGGACUCUCCUUGGCAAUCCCGCCCAUGCUAAAGAUAUCAUAUACAAGCCUGCAACUGUAUUCACCAAUGACACUCAUUCUUCACGCAUAUACAAUGAAAUGUGGACUGGUUGUUGGUGGCAUGCCAUUCAGGUAAGCUAUACAAACAUUAAAUGUAUAUGCUUCAACUAA